AUGCCCACAGUGAACCCCCCAGUGUUGCAGGGCCCGGGAACGUCCAAAGGGGAAGAAUUGAAAGGUCAAUCAAGCUGUGCCGUGGAAGAGCAUGUCGAGAAUGAUCUUGAUCCUCAAUACCACCGUUUAUUACAGUCUGGUCUGCUGGAACUCACCUCGGAACCAACAGAACGAGCAAGAUUACGAACGGAUCUCGAGCAGGAUGUAAUCAACUACUGCCGCACUGUGAUCGAGGCACCAGAAGACACCUCUCGACGUGCCAAAGCCGAGUGGAUCAAAUCCACAUCGGCCAUCUUUAAGCAAUUGAUGCACGAGUUUGGACCGGAGAUCAUCGACGCUGCUCGACGAGGUUGCGAGGCGAUCGUCGCCGACCACUACCACGGUGACUCGACAUCCAUCGCCCACGUCAACAAGAAAGCCAAUUUCCUGCGGCACAUCCCCAUGCAGAUAAUCAGCAGCGCCUUCUACCCCGCCACCAGCCCUCUCGCGAUCGGAUGCUACGAGACAGGCACCCUACCCUGCUCCAUCGCCCUUUCCGCCUGGCUGCCCCCCAAGCAAGCCCUCCAAGCCGGGACCAUCUGCCACCUAAGCAUCUGCGACGACUACCACGCAUUCACGGAGCCAGAGCGCGAGGUGCGGCACCGCAUGGUAGCCAUUGCCGUCGGCGCGGCAUUUCUGCUGGGCCCCGGCGGCCAGACCGUGCUGCUGGACGGCAGCACCCUGCAAGCAGCGGGGGACCGCAGGGGCAGUCACUCAGGGGCGACCGUGAGAGCGGCGAUGUCCUGGCGAGCGGUCAGUGGCGGGGGCACGGGGCUAACAGGCUAUCACUACGGCCACGGAUCACUGGGCGAAGGGCUGAUCGGGCCCAAGGUCGCGAUCGCGAUGCACGACCUGCUAGACUGGCGGUGCGACGCUGCGGCCAAGAACCACGAGAACGGCGUCUCUGCGAUCUACGGGCUGGGCGUGCCGGACCCGUUCCAUGUCUACCUUGAGGCGAUGCUGCGCGAGGGGCGGACUCAUCCGCGGUCGGCGGCGUACGCGAUGGGAGGCGUGGUGUAUAUGAGCUUCACGGCCGUGCGUUACGGCUCCUACGAGUACAAGGGAGGCCCCUGGGCGGCUUGCCCCGAGUGCGAGCGCCUGCUGAGGGAGGUGACCGCUGGCUCUGGGUUACGGUGGAUGCCGGUACCGCCGCCCCAGAGCUUCGAGGAGGGGGAGUGGGCUCGCCAACUCAGCCGAGAAGUUGUGGACGGACUCGAGCAACACCCUCUUGCACAGCACGGUCUUGCUUGGCUUCAGCAUCUCGUUCUGUCCGGGCAGAUCCGACUGUUCGACGCGCUCGUCGACAUUGACUCCGUUGACGCCACGGUGGACUGGUCUUAG